UAUUAUAUUCUCAUAUAAUAAAUUAUUUAUUAAGAAAUCUAUUUAUGUAUUGAUAUGUUUUGUUAUAUUACCUAGCUAACACUUUUUAGAGAAAAGAGUGAAACGUUUGGUACACCUCUAGCUCAAAAAUCUUGGUCUAAGAUGGAUGCAGCUCAAUGGUGGGAAUAUCAUGGUUCAUGUGCUCCUGAACUUCAACAUUUGGCUAUGAUAGUUCUCAGUCAAACAACCUCUGCCACAAAUUGUGAGAGAAAUUGGAGUACAUUUAGCUAUAUUCACACAAAGACAAGAAAUAGAUUGAAGUACAAAAAAUUGCAUAAGCUUGUCUUCACACAUUACAACAUGAAGUUGAGAAUGAGAGAUAAAUUAAGGAAGAGCCGGGAAGAAAUAGAAGCAAGUUUUGAUCCGAUAAAUCUUGACUGUAUAUUUCAAGAAGAUCCGUUAUCUCAAUGGAUAGAAGAGAGGGAAAAUCCAUUAUUGGAUGGAGUUCAAAAUGCAGAAUGGUUACCAAUAGUUGAUACAGAUGAUGAAAAUGUUGAUGAUAAUAGUGAAUCUAAUGAUAGUGGUGGCUUAAGUCCACCAAGCGGUAAUAGUGGUGAUGGGGGUGGUAAUGAAGUGGAUAACGAAGGUGAAAAUGAAGGUGGAAGUGGGGGUGGUGAUGAUGAAGGAGAAGAUGAAGAGCAAUUACAACUUGAUCCAUAUCAUGAAAUACCACCUGGUUAUAGGCGUUAUAGGAACUUGAAUGAUAUAGAUCGUUCUGACAACUCACUACUUGACACGAGAGGAAAUGUGUCACAAUCUGGAAGAAAAGGGAAAAGAAAAAAAAAUGCUCCACUUGAAGAUUCCUCCUCUUCUAGUAUUGCUCAUAGUUUUAGUGAUUUUGGGAUUGGUGAUUCUUCACAAAGUAGUCAACAAUCGUAUCCUCCUGUUUAUCAGUAUCCUUAUUUCAACUCCUAUAACCAAUAUCCUAGUGAUCAAGCUCCUUCGUACUACCAACAAUCAAUGAAUUAUCACAAUCCUUAUCAUCAACAAUCAAAUGGUAGUUUUUUUGGUUAUGUCUUUGGACAAGAAGCUACACAAGAUGAUAGUCAGAGUGAAAGUACAAGUUAUGCUCCUUCACGUCAUUCCACUAUGUGGUAG